AUGAACGGUAACUGCUCUUCGUCUACAGCCAUCUUUGAUGUAAAGACUUCUUCUUGGAAAAGUCUAGCCCCCAUGCCAGAGUGUGUCUGUAAUGCUGGAAUCUGUAGACUUGGGUCCCAUGUCUACAUUAUUGGUGGUGAGAGAGGAUCAUAUAGAUACAACCAGGAAGUCCUCUGUUUUGACCUAGAAACAGAAAAAUGGAUGCCUUCUGGCAUUCCCGAUUUCCCUGGUCGUGCAUAUGGUGGUUAUGCUACUAUUGCCUCAAGCAAUCAUACUAUUUUGCUUGCUGGUGGUGUCAUGAUAACUCACUGGAAUUUUCGGCAUGGUCCAAGGAUUGGUCCCUGUCGUGAAGUUUUCUCGUUGGAUGUCACCUCUUGUAUUUGGACAAGAGUGGCAGAUUUACCCGAGAGUGACUUUGCUGCAAACAAAUGCACUGGUUUCUUGCAGCAGAGUGCCAACAAUGAUACAUCCUGUGUUGUUGUCUCUGGGAAGCAGACUGUACAGUUGCUUCCGUCAGGUCAAUGGGAUGCUCUGCCAAGUUUCAGAAAAGGUGCAGGGUGUGUGGCAUCCUUUGGAAAUACAAUUGUGUCAUUCCAGAGGUCCCUCAAAGAACUUGUGCUACUUGAAGAUGGAUUGCACCUUUCUCUUCCAGUACAAUGCAGUGAUUUCCUUCCAAACACACUGGAGAUUGUGGUAUAUUUGAGCAUCUUUGACAUGGUUGUGCCAGUCUACAAGUAA